CUUAAAACCCGACCCAUUAGAGCGCCAAAUCUCAAAUCCAUAAAUCAGUACGAAUUUGAAAGAAAAAAAAUUGAUAAUGGAGAGAGAAAAAUCGAGUAAGAGAGCAAGAGGAUCCAGGGACGGCGAUGACGACGAUCACCGCCGUAAUCGCCACCGUGACGAGGAGAACCGACACCGGUCCGAUGAUCGGCGACGUCAAGACCUUGAGAGAUCGAUUGAGCGGGAAGGAAACAGAGAUGUAGGUCACGAUCGCGAGGAUGAGAAUCAACAUCAAUCCGAUGAUCGGCGACGAGAUCGUGUGAGGGAAGGAAGCAGAGAUAGAGCUUAUGAUCGUGAAAGGCGUGAGAUAACACGUGAUCGGGAUAGACGGGAGAAAUCGUUUGAGUUGGAAGUUAACAGAGAGGGUUCAAUGGAGAGAAGGAAUUCGCGUAAGAGGAAAGAUAGAGGAGAGAAUGUGGAUAAGAAGAAUGUCGAUGAGAAGAGAGCUAGGGAUUCGGAGGUUAAGAAGGAUAAACUGAGAGUUGACAAUGUGAAGUUGAUGGAUAAGGAAGAUGUGGAAAUCGAUGAAGAAAAGGGAAAAGGAUGUGAAAUGAGAACUGUGAAGGAAGAACCGAAACCAGAGCUCUAUGAGGAUGGACAGGAUGUUGAUACCAUUGAUACUAGUGUAGCAAUGGGAUCAUUCAGUGCAGCAUCAAGGACUUCCCCUGAUAAGCCUUUGACUCGUAGUGAUUCUCCUGCUACCAAGGUAUCUUCAAUUUCUACCACAACUGAAAAUAAGGGAGUUAAUAUUAACAAAUUUCAUAAGGUUCUUGGGAAAUCUAGUACAGAUGGGGCAGCUCAUGACACUGGCAAGAGUGCAAUCUUAUCCAUUGAUGCUAAAGGAAAUGCAUACGAGCUCAAACAAAGGCAUAAAGUGCUGAAAGAAAAGCUUAAGAGGAUUCCUUUGUUAAACAAGGGUGCCAACUCUACGAGAGAUGGAAGUUCACAAAUGGGUUCCAGGGAGAGCCUUAAAGCCCCUUCAACCAAUGUGGCGAUAUUGCCACCACCAGUUGCAUCUUCAAAUGCAGAGAUAUUACCCACUCCAGGUUCAGCACGUAGCACAUCAACUAUAGCUACCAUGGUAUCUGCAAAUAUGCUACCCAGUAGCUUGCCUCAUGUUGUGGGCCUCACAGCACAGAGCUAUGAAGCGAUAAAGCGUGCGCAGGAGUUUUCUGCUAAGAUUGAAUUCCGGCAGGACCCGGAAUGUCCCUCCCUCAUUAACAUGUUUCCUGGGCAAAUGCCUCCAGAGGUUACAAUUCAGCCAAAACUUGCUAAAGCCCCUGUUCUUCGUUUGGAUGCAUUUGGCAGGGAAAUUGAUGAGCAGGGAAAUGUGGUCAAUGUGCCUAAGCCAUCUAGCACCCUUAAGGUAAACAUCAAUAAGCAGAACAAAGAGAGCUUCCAACUUCUCAAACCUGAACUUGACAUUGAUCCUGAUAAAAAUCCUCAUUUUGAUCCGAGGAUGGGCAUUGACAAGAACAAAAUAUUGAGGCCCAAGAAGAUGUCAUUUCAAUUUGUGGAGGAAGGUAAAUGGUCCCGAGAUGCAGAAAUAAUCAAGUUAAAGAGCCAAUUUGGUGAAAUACGAACGAAGGAGCUGAGGACAAAGCAAGAGCAAUUGGCAAAGGCAAAAGCAGAGCCUGACAUAAAUCCAAAUCUUAUUGAGGUGUCAGAGAGGAUUAUCACCAAAGAAAAAUCAAAGGAACCAAUCCCUGAUGUUGAGUGGUGGGAAGCUCCUCUGUUACGAUCUGGUGCUUAUGGUGUUAUGGUCGACGGUAACUUAACUGAUGAUACAUUGAAGAUGGAGAGGAUCACCAUUUAUGUGGAACACCCCCGUCCUAUUGAGCCUCCUGCUGAACCUGCUCCACCUCCUCCACAGCCAUUGAAGCUGACCAAGAAGGAGCAGAAGAAAAUGCGCACCCGGCGCCGUAUGGAUCAGGAGAGAGAAAAGCAGGAAAUGAUACGUCAGGGCCUGUUAGAACCACCAAAACCAAAAAUUAAAAUGAGCAAUCUUAUGAGAGUCCUUGGAUCAGAAGCCACUCAGGAUCCCACAAAGCUUGAAAAGGAGAUUAGAAGUGCUGCUGCUGAGCGAGAGCAGGCUCAUAUAGACAGAAAUCUUUCUCGGAAGCUCACUCCUGAUGAGUUUCGUGAGAAGAAAGAAAAGAAACUCUUUGACGACCCAACUAUUGCGCCAGAGACAGUAGUUUCAGUAUACAGGAUCAAUGACCUUUCACACCCUCAAUAUCGCUUCAAGGUUGAUGUCAAUGCACAGGAGAAUCGCAUGACCGGGUGUGCGGUUAUCUUGGGAGAUAUAAAUGUGGUGGUAGUUGAAGGUGGUAAAAAGUCAAUCAAGCGAUAUGGGAAACUAAUGCUUAGGCGAAUAGAUUGGGCUGCUGCUGUUAAGAAAGAAGACGAUGACGAAGAUGAAGAUAAGCCUCGCAACAAGUGUGUGUUAGUCUGGCAAGGGACUGUUGCUAAAUCGAGCUUUCAUAGGUUUUUGGUUCACGAGUGCAGGACUGAGGCUGCUGCUCGUAAGGUCUUUGCUGAUGCUGGGGUUCUUCAUUACUGGAAUUUAGCUGUAGACUUCAUAGAUGAUGAACUUUAAUUUCUAGGGAAAUCCUCACUUUGAACUCGAAUCUCUAGACAUUUUGUUUGACUGUGUCACACUUACAUGGAAGACAUUUUCUGCGGUUCAAGACAUUGGAGGAAUAAAACAGUAGUACUCUUUUUAUAGUUUCA